CAUUCUGGGCCAGCUGUGACCUGUUCCACCGCCGCCAUUACCACCCGGGUUUGACAACUCUACUGCUCUUUCCUGUCCUGCACCAUUACUGUCCAUACCCCCGGGCUACACCAAUUCAUACCUCUCCGCCUGCUCCGCCACCAGCAAAUGCUGCCUUCCGUGCCCUGUCACUGACCACCUAUACCCACACCAGAACAUGUCCACUCUUACGGUGGGUAUAUCUGUACUUCGACUGGUUUCCACGCUAUGCGCUCUGGUGGUCUUCGUGUCCUACUGCGUAUUGCCCGGAAAACGGAAACAUCCACGAAUCUUCGUUGUGUACAUCAGCGGCUUGGUGACCGUGUGGCAGAGCUUGUCUGCAUCGUACAUAUUUGGGAAUGAAGGGAAAAACGUGUUCUGCUCGGCCGACGGCGUAUCUUCGGCAGACUACUCCAAUGCGAGAUGUACUGUGCAGGGGCUAGGCAUCGUAUGGUUAUCCGUCGCUGCGACCUGCUGGUGCUUUGCUUUGAUCUUGAACCUUCAUCUGGAGGUCGUCUGGGCAUCAGCAGCCAUGAAGCGUCGACAUUGGAUCCUGCAUCUGAUAAGCUGGGGUUUACCGACAAUCCUGGUGGGCCUGGCAAUAAAGAUGCAAGCCGUUCAAUAUCUCAGCCGGGGUCUUUGCUCGGUGAACUUGGAAUACGAAAAGUACAUCGUGCAGACACCAUACCUUGUCAUCGGUUGUUCCAUUUGGUGUGUGCACACAGCCACAACCUUCUGGCUCUGGAGAAAUGUCCUACCGAAAGCGAUCAGCGCCCUCCGACGAAGUCCUCGCCCCUCUAUGGACAGUAAUAGAGAGUUAAUCAAUCCCCCGGUUUCCAACGAAGAAUAUUCCCAAGUGGAACCACAAAUCGGAGAGACUAGACAUCGCCGGGAGCGCUCAAUUCCCGACAAGAUUCCAAAGCCCGUCACCAGCGGACGACGAAGGGGGAUAUCUGACGCUUCGGAAACUUCUACUCCCGAAGGUGAUAAGCCAUCCUUCGCGGGAGUGCAGUUUGUGCAAAUCCGACUUGUCGUUUUUGCCACCAUUGUCAUUGGCCUUGUGCUGGCAUACGCUCUGCUGUACCAAAAGGAUUUGGAAAACAUCAACGAUAUGGUGCGACGCAACGAUGGAAACAAGAUCCUUGACGACCUUCUGACCUGCGUUUACGACCGGCUCAUCUCGUCACCACAGCUCACUCUCGGUCGUGCCAGUGCCGAAUGCAGGCGUUCCAUCGCACGGCAGACGGGAUUCCGUUUUCCCGCCUUUUGGCGUCGUCUCCUCGCUGAACUGAUUCUUUCGUCACCGGGCUUCAUCAUCACGUUCAGUCUGGGUUGGAGAUUACUGCCAGACUGGAUAGACAUGGUGACGGACUGGAAGGAUCAAAAGCGUAGCGCCGAAAUCGCACAAGCGCCCCCGGGAGCCCUCUCAAAUUCCUCGGUCGACCUUCUCGUCGCACCCACACGGGCGCGAGCGUCAUCAAAGUCCUCCGUUGUCACCGGUGGUGGUUCCCGCGAUAUUCCGCUCUCCACAUUCACGUACAGCUCAGGCGUGUCGUCCUCUGUACUCUCCACAUCCGCCUCCAGCGGAUCGCCGCCGCUGGGCCGAGCUGCUCUGCCGCCUGCCGUCCGCUCGCUUGGAGAACAGUACUCUCCGCUCGGCUCGCCGCCAAAUUCAUCGCUACAGGCUUUCUUAAGCAGCCCGUCACCGGCGUGGACCGCACCGACAAUGACCAUCCGCACCACGAAUACGUCGUUGACGACCAUUGUCGACGAGGCGUCACCAGCAGAUUAUCGGUUAGGCCCGUUGAGUGCUUCCGUCUCAGAACGAGAGGCGUUCGGCCCGCAAUUUAGACCUUGGUGAAGACGCUUCUCGCACGGAUUUGGCGCAACAGUUUGGCAUCCGGGAUGUCAUCAUGACCUCGGCGCGUUGAGACAUCGGCGUUGUUCCCCCACUCGGAGAGUUUUGCAUAAACAGACCUGUGGGGAUUGAUUCUUAC